CUGCUUAUUUCUUAUGAUUUUUAUAGAUGCUGCCUACUCUAAUCUCACUCCAAUAAAAUUUUCUCUCUUUCUUGUAAAUCUCUCUUGCUUUUUCUACUCAUUUAUGUGCAUCUCUGUUGUUUGUCUCAACAGGGUUGUCACUAAAUUAAUUAUACAAUGAGAGGGAAAUCAAGAAGAUGGUGAAGAAUUUUGGUAUUUUAAAAUACCAUUAAUUGUUUUUUUUAUCAUAAAGAAAUCAAGAAGAUGGAGAACAAGUGUGGGUGCUGGGCAAUUCUGAGGCGCAGUGUUAGUAGUGGUAACUGUAAAUCCUCUGAUUUCAGAACUUCACCCAACUCUAUCCCUCGUCCCAGUCUUGUUUAUGAUGCAGUUACAGAGACACGGUACCUUAAUGCCAGUAAUCGAGAGAUGUGUGCUCCGAAUGAUGCUCAAAACUCUUUGGACAAUCCCAAUUUAGAAAGCAAAAUGAUGCGCCAGUUACUUCAGUUUACUUUCCAGGAGCUAAAAUCAGCUACUGGGAAUUUUAGACCAGAUAGUAUACUUGGCGAGGGGGGUUUUGGGUUCGUAUUUAAAGGAUGGAUUGAAGAAAAUGGCACAGCUCCUGCAAAACCAGGAUCGGGAAUCACUGUUGCAGUCAAAAGUUUAAAGCCAGAUGGUCUUCAAGGCCAUAGAGAAUGGGUGGCAGAAGUAGACUUUCUCGGCCAGCUUCACCAUCAUAAUCUGGUGAAGCUAAUUGGAUACUGUAUUGAAGAUGAUCAGAGGUUGCUUGUUUAUGAAUUUAUGACUCGUGGAAGCCUUGAGAAUCACCUAUUUAGAAGAACCGUGCCCCUUCCAUGGUCCAACAGGAUUAAAAUAGCACUAGGGGCAGCCAAAGGUUUAGCAUUUCUACAUGCAGGCUCUGAACCUGUCAUCUACAGAGAUUUUAAGACAUCUAACAUCUUGCUUGAUUCGGAAUAUAAUGCAAAGCUUUCAGACUUUGGUCUAGCAAAAGCAGGUCCACAGGGGGAUAAAACUCACGUCUCUACCCGGGUAGUUGGAACAUAUGGUUAUGCUGCUCCAGAGUAUGUGAUGACAGGACACUUGACUUCUAAGAGUGAUGUGUUUAGCUUUGGGGUUGUGUUAUUGGAGAUAUUAACUGGUAGGAGGUCGAUGGACAAGAAACGGCCAAGUGGAGAACAAAAUCUUGUGGCAUGGGCUCGGCCUUAUUUAGCUGAUAAGCGCAAGUUCUAUCAACUAGUUGAUCCUCGGUUGGAAAUGAAUUACUCAGUAAAAGGAGUGCAGAAAGUAUCUCAGCUAGCUUACAACUGCUUAAGUAGAGAUCCAAAAUCACGUCCUACCAUGGAUGAGGUUGUAAAGGUUCUUACUCCAUUGCAAGGCCUUAAUGAUCUUGCUAUAUUGUCAUACCACACUCGACUAUCUCAACAAGGUAGGCGCAAGAAGAAACCUGAUGGACCCCACCAACAUAAUUAUAACCAAUCUAGGAGUAUGAGAGGUUCUCCUUGGAAUACGGGUAAGCAACAGCACAUAAAAUGAUCUGUUAUUGAAAUCCAGUCUAUAGCUGGAUUUCAAACUUCUGUCGGAACCAAAGGAUCAAGAAGCGAAGCCAAUACGAUGUUUGAAGACAUAGUUUCAAUUUUAUUGUAUUAUUUUUGGGUGUUUGAAACCUUAGAUUCCAAAGAGGAUGACUCAACAGGGUGUUGAGUUCUUCAAAUACUGUUGAGAUUAAAUUUCCAUCCGCAAUGCUUCAGAAUCUCACUGUCCUUUUACUGCAGUAAUUAAACCUUUAUUUGAUAAUUGAAAA